GUUGAUGUCAAUGACUGUAGAAAAAUGCAACAACAAAAUUGUUAGUCUUCUCUCUUCAUACCGCCGCGAAAAGCUGAAGGAAAAAAAAUCAAAGGGGACAGGAAAAGGUGCCUCGGAAACAUACAUAAGUCGAUGGUUUGCCUAUGAUGCUUUGAAGUUCUUAGACGACAGGAACACACCGAGAAAGAGAAAAAAUACGGAGUCACUUCAUCGCUCGGACUUGGAAAACACUGCCGACCAAAAUGUGUUCACCCCUCCAGUACUACCAAAUGAAUGUAGUCCAAAGAGCGCUAAACAAACCAGGAGGGAUGACAAUGUGCUCUCAGAUGUGAUGGGAAUACUGAAAACAACAGCCAACAAAUUGGACAAUUCGAUAGGUAUUUCUGAUACAACGAAAAGUUUCGCUUCCUUUAUAGGGGCUAAAAUGACUAGUUAUUCUCCACAAACUAGGACUUCGGUCGAACAUGCAAUUUUUGAAAUAAUUAUGAAAGCUGACAGGGGAUAUUACGAAUCGUGGCGUCAUCAAAAUAACCAUGCAUAUGGUUCACACCAAGAUGACUAUUUAUCCAGGGCAAGACAGAACUGUGUGGAUCUGACCGGAUAUUCUAAUCGUCCCUCAACAUCGGCCGGACCACCAUCGGGCACAAACGAAGCGGGACCCUAUGGCUAUACUACGGCAAGAAAUGAAGAUACUACUGACUAUCCAACCAACCAGCCGCCCUUGUCGGUCUCUUCACAAGAGUCUUACACGUCUUCUAUGGAUGACUUUAAUGAUUUAAUGUGAUAAAUAAAGACACUUCUAAACAUAAAUA